GCUCUGGGUGGCGGUGGCGUCCAGGCCGGGAGUCGCGGCCCCGGCUGCCACGGCGCGCUCGGAGCUCGGAGUCCGCGCGGCCCGGGUGGCCGGGUGUGCGCCCGCGGGAAGCCAGACCCCAGGCCGCGAGACACCAUGAACUACCUGAAUGUGCUGGCCAAAGCUCUCUAUGACAACGUGGCUGAGUCUCCAGACGAACUCUCCUUCCGCAAGGGCGACAUCAUGACAGUGCUGGAGCGGGACACGCAGGGCCUGGAUGGCUGGUGGCUCUGCUCGCUGCACGGGCGGCAGGGCAUUGUGCCUGGGAACCGCCUCAAGAUUCUGGUUGGCAUGUACGAUAAGAAACCUGCAGGACCUGGCCCGGGCCCACCUGCCACAGCAGCUCAGUCCCAGCCCAGCCUCCCGCAGGGCCUCCAUGCCACACCUCCCCAGGCUUCCCAGUACUCACCCAUGCUCCCUGCUGCGUACCAGCCCCAAGCUGACAGCGUCUACCUGGUACCCAGUCCAGGCAAGGCUCAGCAAGGCCUCUACCAAACUCCUGGGCCCAGCCCGCAGUUCCAGUCACCUCCAGCCAAGCAGACAUCCACAUUCUCAAAGCAGACGCCUCACCACCCAUUUCCCAGUGGAGCCACAGACCUCUACCAGGUACCCCCAGGGCCUGGAAGUCCCGCUCAAGACAUUUACCAAGUGCCACCUUCAGCUGGCCUAGGGAAUGACAUCUACCAGGUCCCGCCAUCCAUGGACACCCGCAGCUGGGAAGGGAUGAAGCCACCAGCAAAGGUGGUGGUGCCCACGCGAGUGGGCCAGAGCUACGUGUACGAGGCCUCACAGCCAGAGCAGGACGAGUACGACAUCCCACGCCACCUGCUGGCCCCGGGGCCCCAGGACAUCUACGACGUGCCCCCUGUCCGCGGGCUGCUUCCCAGCCAGUAUGGCCAAGAGGUGUAUGACACACCUCCCAUUGCUGUCAAGGGUCCUACCGGCCGAGACGCAUUGCUGGACGUGUACGACGUGCCCCCCAGCGUGGAGAAGGGCCUGCCCGCAGCCAAUCACCAUGCGGUGUACGAUGUGCCUCCGUCGGUGAGCAAGGACGUGCCGGAUGGGCCGCUGCAGCGGGAGGAGACCUAUGACGUGCCCCCUGCCUUCGCCAAGGCCAAGCCCUGCGACCCGGCCCGCCACCCGCUGAUCCUCGCCGCCCCGCCUCAGGACCCCCCGCCCGCCGAGGACGUGUACGACGUGCCGCCCCCUGCGCCCGACCUCUACGAUGUGCCCCCGGGCUUGCGGCGGCCAGGCCCAGGCGCCCUGUAUGACGUGCCCCGUGACCGGGCGCUUGCCCCUGAGGUGGCUGACGGCGUGGGUGAUGACGGCGUGUACGCGGUGCCCCCACCGGCCGAGCGGGAGGCCCCCGCCGACGCCAAGCGCCUGUCGGCCUCCAGCACGGGCAGCACCCGCAGCAGCCAGUCGGCGUCAUCCUUGGAGGCAGCUGUGCCAGGCCGGGAGCCCCUGGAGCUGGAGGUUGCGGUGGAGUCCCUGGCACGGCUGCAGCAGAGUGUGAGUGCCACCAUAGCCCGCCUUUUGGACCUGGCGGGCAGCGCCGGCGGGGCUGGCGGCCGGCGGAGCACCCCCGAGCCCCAGGAGCCGCCCGUGCAGGACCUGCGGGCGGCCGUGGCGGCGGUCCAGGGCGCUGUCCACGAGCUACUGGAGUUUUCCCGCAGCGCCGUAAGCAACGCCACCCACACUUCUGACCGCACCCUGCAUGCCAAGCUUAGCCGGCAGCUGCAGAAGAUGGAAGACGUGUACCAGACACUGGUGGCCCACGGGCAGGUCCUGGACAGUGGCCGAGGAGGCCCCGGGUUGACCCUCGAAGACCUGGACCGCCUUGUGGCCUGCUCGCGGGCUGUGCCCGAGGACGCCAAGCAGCUGGCCUCCUUCUUGCAUGGCAAUGCCUCACUGCUCUUCAGACGGACCAAAGCCUCUGCCUCGGGCCCAGAGGGGGGUGGCUCCCCACACCCCAACCCCACUGACAAGGCCAGCAGCAUCCAGUCCCGACCACUGCCCUCUCCCCCCAAGUUCACCUCUCAGGACUCUCCAGAUGGGCAGUACGAGAACAGCGAGGGGGGCUGGAUGGAGGAUUAUGACUACGUCCACCUGCAGGGGAAGGAAGAGUUUGAGAAGACCCAAAAGGAGCUGCUGGAGAAAGGCAACAUCAUGCGGCAGGGGAAAGGACAGCUGGAGUUGCAGCAGCUGAAGCAGUUUGAGCGGCUGGAACAGGAGGUGUCUCGGCCCAUAGACCAUGACCUGGCUGGCUGGACGCCCGCCCAGCCCCUGGCCCCAGGCCGGACAGGCAGCCUGGGACCCUCGGACCGGCAGCUGCUGCUCUUCUACCUGGAACAGUGUGAGGCCAACCUGACCACGCUGACCGAUGCCGUGGAGGCCUUCUUCACCGCCGUGGCCACCAACCAGCCGCCCAAGAUCUUCGUGGCACACAGCAAGUUCGUCAUCCUCAGCGCCCACAAGCUGGUGUUCAUCGGGGACACGCUGUCCCGGCAGGCCAAGGCGGCCGACGUGCGCAGCCAGGUGACGCACUACAGCAACCUGCUCUGCGACCUGCUGCGGGCCAUCGUGGCCACCACCAAGGCCGCGGCCCUGCAGUACCCCUCGCCCUCGGCGGCCCAGGACAUGGUGGACAGGGUCAAGGAGCUGGGCCACAGCACGCAGCAAUUCCGCCGGGUGCUGGGCCAGCUGGCAGCCGCCUGAGCGCACACGGUGGGGACAUGGAGGCAGGGAGGCACCCACCGGGAGAGUCUGGCCGGCGUCCCACGGGCUUGGGGCCGGGCAGCCCUGCCACGCCGCGGGCCCGUGGCCUCGGCCGUGUAGGCUUUGUACAUAGUUGUGACAGGUG